GUUCAGAAUUUCCAAAUACAGCAGAAGGUGAUUGAAGAAGCAAACAAACACAAGCGAGCUCUUUUGUCAAAAGCAAUAGAAGAUAGGUGAGAUUUUAAUGCAAGCAAUAUGUGUGAUAGAGUCUAAUCAUACAUAAAAGAUUAUGACAUUCAAUUCAUCAACUUUUCUCACUUUUAUUUAGUCACUUUUAGGACCUUUUGCCAGUGGUCUAGUCUUGCUGGAACGAAUUUCUGUACUUUUUUUUUGUUGCCAAGUAAUGAAUGCAUAUUUAUUUUUGGAGGAGGUAUCUUGAGUGCGUUCCCUCAAUUUUUUUUCCCCAGGACUCAACCCCUGCCCCUUUCCAUGCAGAAACUAUAAGCUUUUAGGGUCUAGUUGAAGUGUAUCUUUAAGUUGAGCAUUGCAUAAAGUUUUUAGAUCAAUUUAAAGAUGACACUUAUUUUCCAGGAGAAAACAAGCUAAAGCUGAGGCAGAGAAGUUGAUGAAAGUUCAAUAGGGUCUAGUUGAAGUGUAUCUUUAAGUUGAGCAUUGCAUAAAGUUUUUAGAUCAAUUUAAAGAUGACACUUAUUUUCCAGGAGAAAACAAGCUAAAGCUGAGGCAGAGAAGUUGAUGAAAGUUCAAUAAGAGCUGAACUAUCUUGACAGUCUGCUUACUGCCGAUGUCAGCAUAAUCAGAGAUAAGAUUGAAAAAGUUAGCUUAGAGUACAAUGAUGCUCAGUGAGUUUUGUCAUCCUCGUAUGCAUGGUGCACUGAAGAUUGUCAAUGCACAUUUACUCAUCAAUUUAAAUCAAGUUGCUAGAGCUUACAUAUUAACAUAUUAUUUGUAAAAUAUUUUCGUCCAUUUAUUUUAAAUUUCUCAGCUUUUUAAAGUAUAUUUUCAUUGUUCUAUUAAUAUUUCAAAUUCAUCGUCUUGAUUUAUUUCGUUGUUUUAAUCUUGUGUCAAUGUUUAAUAUUUUACUUUUGCACAAUUUUUUGGUUUGCCACCUGACAAGCUGAAAUAAAAAGUGGUUUUCAAUUCUCUUUCUAGGAAAUAAAUAUCACCUACCUACAUCUACUUAUCUGAUCUUAUCCAUUUUCAGACAAUGCCACUUAUGUUUGUAUCAUGCCCAAUUGUUUUUAUUGAUUUUGAAUUGUUGAACUUAAUGGCAGUCCAAUGUCUCUAGUCUUUUAACAAAAUAAAUCCUUUUGUUGUACUUGACAGAAAACGCUAUGAGAGAGCAGAAAAAUAAUUUGUUGCUGCCAAAUUCGACUUGUUUUCUAAAGGGGAAGUGAAAGAGCAACUGACACAGCAUCUAUACACCAUCAUACACCAGAAUGAGGUGAGAAAAGCCAAGAAACUGGUCGAACUGAUGGAGAAGCUAGCAAUGGAUGUCACGUCUGAAGAAAUGGAAUUAACCAUAACAGCCAUCCCACAGCUGACAAACUUUACAGCAGUGGCAACACUUCAUGACCCGCAUCCUGCCAAGGGUGAUAACAAAGGGGGUAAUGAAGGUAAUGGUGGAGCUCAGAAAUUAAGCAGAGCAGACGGAUUGGACGGUGCAAAUGUCUCUAAGCAGGAAGUUAACAGUACGCUACCCAAUGCUGUCUCAAAAGAAGCUGAAAGUGUAAGUGAUUUACCUCCUGCAGCUCCAGUAUCUGAUAAGGUUAAUGUUGACACUCGGGCGAAUCAGGAUGGCUGUGAUCAGGUGCCAACACCAACUAUAGAGCAUUCAGGUGCAAAAACUUCUAGUUUAAUUUCAAAUGAUGGUGCACCUGAUGUCAAUAAAAAUAUUUCACCCAUCACAUCAGAAGAAAAUAUAGUUGAGCUUUCAAAACAACAAGAAAUUGUGCUGGCACUUGGCCAGGAAAAUGAUGUUAUAUGUAGAGUUAUAACUAGCCAGAAUUCAUUAGCAUCUUCACCUUUAAGUUCAGGACGUGGAUGGAAACAUCCUUUCACAUAAUAUGGCUUCCAACAUGUCUGAUAAAUGUGUUUUUAUGGCUAAUGCCAAACAGUUUUAUGUUUUGUAAUAUAUUGUAUUUAUUUCCAUUUUGUAUUUCUGUUAAGCGCUAUGAAACAAAAAAUAAUUGGUCUGAACAGGCUGGUCAUUAAUAGAAAUCAUUAUUUACUAAACUUGCCACACUAAUGCUUUAAGGACCAAUGUUUGCAGUACUGGUUGAAAACAUUAUCAUUUUUAUAUAAGGUCACUCCAAACCCUUCACCAUGAUUGUAGCAAUUAGAAGCACACACAAAUGGAGUAAUCUCACCUAAGUAUGGAGCUAUUGUGAUGUUUUGUAAACAGUUGGUUAAGUUCCCCUGUAUAGUUCAUUGUAUACUUUGUAAUUAAAGGACAUGUUUUUGGGGUUGUUUGAUAUAAUUGUGCAAUAAAUACCUUCAUACAGGCUGCAGAAUCUUAAACUUAUUUUAUAUAUGCCAGAAAUAACCUGCCAAAAAAUUAUUAAAAAAUCUACUGACUUUACUUGAUAAAAAACAUGUCAGUUAAAUAAUGCACUUUAUAAGAAUGUCAAUUAAUGCUAAAUUCUGG